CACAUUGCUGUGGUUUUUCUCUGCUUGGUGAGCAGAGAUAAAGGGGGCAGCAGGACCGGGCCUACCAGCCAUCCGGGCUGCCCACGCAAACCCCAGGGCUGAAUCCGGAGCCGCCCAAGGGCCACACAGCUAAGCCAACUACCAAUUGGAGCAGUUUAAUGUGCUUGAGUCCCCGGCGUGAUGUGUUCAUGGACGAAGUUGCCGAUGGAUGUUGUCAGGUGUUGCAACUGGAGGGCCCAGAUGGAUCAAUGAGGCAUUUAAAGCAUAGAAUCUCACCCUGAACCCAGAUUAUUCAGAUAAAGAACUGGUGACACGUGGCUGUACAUUCAGCACAGCUGUGGUGUCCCCAAGUGCCAUGACCCAGGAGCCAUUCAGAGAGGAGCUGGCCUAUGACCGGAUGCCCACGCUGGAGCGGGGCCGGCAAGACCCCGCCAGCUACGCCCCGGACACGAAGCCGAGCGACCUGCAGCUGUCGAAGAGACUGCCCCCCUGCUUCAGCCACAAGACGUGGGUCUUCUCUGUGCUGAUGGGGAGCUGCCUCCUGGUGACCUCCGGGUUUUCGCUGUACCUGGGGAAUGUGUUCCCGGCUGAGAUGGAUUACUUGCGCUGUGCUGCAGGCUCCUGCAUCCCCUCGGCAAUUGUGAGCUUCACCGUCUCCAGGAGGAACGCCAAUGUGAUUCCCAACUUUCAAAUAUUGUUUGUUUCCACGUUUGCUGUGACCACUACGUGUUUAAUUUGGUUUGGCUGCAAACUAGUCCUGAACCCAUCAGCAAUAAACAUCAACUUCAACCUCAUCCUGCUGCUCCUGCUGGAGCUGCUCAUGGCAGCCACGGUGAUCAUCUCUGCACGGUCCAGCGAGGAGUACUGCAAGAAGAAGAAGGGCUCCAUGUCUGACAGCGCCAACAUUCUGGACGAAGUGCCAUUUCCUGCUCGGGUCCUGAAAUCUUAUUCAGUCGUCGAGGUAAUCGCAGGCAUCUCUGCCGUCCUCGGGGGGAUCAUUGCCCUGAACGUGGAUGACUCAGUCUCAGGCCCACACCUCUCAGUGACGUUCUUUUGGAUCCUAGUGGCCUGCUUUCCAAGUGCCAUUGCCAGUCAUGUGACAGCAGAGUGUCCCAGCAAGUGUCUGGUGGAGGUCCUGAUUGCCAUAAGCAGCCUCACGUCUCCGCUGCUGUUCACAGCCUCUGGAUAUCUGUCAUUCAGCAUCAUGAGAAUCGUGGAGAUGUUUAAAGAUUACCCGCCAGCCAUAAAACCAUCCUACGACGUGCUCUUGCUGCUGCUGCUGCUGCUGCUCCUGCUGCAGGCCGGCCUCAACACGGGCACCGCCAUCCAGUGCGUGCGCUUCAAGGUCAGCGCAAGGCUGCAGGGCGCAUCCUGGGACACCCAGAGCGGCCCACAGGAGCGCCUGGCUGGGGAGGUGGCCAGGAGCCCCCUGAAGGAGUUUGACAAGGAGAAAGCCUGGAGAGCCGUCGUGGUGCAAAUGGCCCAGUGACCCCAAGAUGCGGAAACCGGGUGGCAGCGCCCAGCCUGGCCCCAAGCACGGAAACGCACAACCCCUAAUCGCCCUGAGCUACUGCUUCUAACACCUCUUUUCCCUUGUGUGAGGGCAAACCAGGCUGCAGGUGGGGUUUUCACUUCCUAGGGUAGUUUAAUUUUAAAAUAGGCCAAUGUUGGCUAGUCUGUGCCUCAGUCAGCUCAGUCAGCUCCGAGUGGCUCCCGUGUCCUAACAGCAGGAGCAUGGCUGCAACUUCCCAGGCCGAGGAAGGGCCCCCAGCUCCGCCUCGAGAGCCCCACCCCUGAGCUGGCCCCAGCUCCUCUUCCUGCCUCUCUCAUGGCUUGGGCUGGAGUGGGCUCUCUGGACCUGACCGGGAGCCAGACUGUGGGUCCCUGCGCCUCCUGCCCACUCUGACCUGGCUUCCUCCCUACACACGUCGGGUCUAUCCCGGGCGCCCAGUCAGCCCAGUGGGAUCUUAUCCACUUCCUUGGGAGGUGCACCUGCCCCAGGCUCAGCCUGCCCAGCGGCUCUUCCUGGACAGUGAGAGCAGGGCUGGGCGCCUCUGUCCUGGCCCAGGAGCCAUGGGGGCCCCUCCUCCAGAGCCCAGGCACAAGUGACACAGGCUGCCGCUGCUCUCCCAAGUGAAAUCCACACCAGUCCACGCCGGGUCGCCCGCCCUGUAUUCCUACUUAGACCCAGUCAUUCUAGAGGGAUCUGCCGCCACACUGACCGGCCCACGUCCUGGCCGCUGCCCACGUCCCAGGCACUGUCAUGCCCAGCUUGGAGUGCCACGUGGCCGCUGCUGUGACAGGCAGUGUUCUUGGGGGUGGGGCUGCAUCUAAGGCUUUGUAAACGGGCUGGACCACGUCUCCCUGGCCCCAGUGACCAGGGGAAGCUGAGCCCCUCCCUCCUGUGUUUGCUCCCAUUACUCAAAAUGCAGGACAGAUCAGUUCAGAGCCCAGGAAUUCUCGAAGGUUUACCCAGCCCCCUCUACCUCCUAGCAAGUACUUUGUCUUGACCCUCACUGAGAAGGCCCCAGGGCCAGCGGUUUUCUUCAUCUCUGCUGUUUUAGGGUCUUAGGGUACAGCCCAGGCAGUCACUGCCCACCUGCCAGGCUGCAGGGACAGUUGGGUGUGAGAAUAACACUGGCUUUGGGCAGUGUCAUGGCCAGGAGUGGGUUUCCCUGCGUCUCCUCGUCCCGAGGGCACCUGGGUCCUCCCAGCUGACACGGCAGUAAACCCGUAGUGAGUUGGGGCGACUGUGAAACUGGGCAUGCUGUUAUUUUGGUAAUUACUUUCCAGCAGGUGUUUUCCUUCACAGUGGUUUUGUUUCUUUCCUUCUGAUCUGAGAACACAUGAACAUUUUCUCUUUACUGCCGUGGGGUGUAUUGACUGGUCCCCCAUGGGCUGCUGGAAGGGCCUGGAGAUGCAUUCUGUGGCCCGGGGCUGUCAGGAUCAAAGAACCAGGAGGCCUGGGAGAUGCAGCUGGAUGGGGCGGCCUGCAGACCCUGCCAGGGGGUUUGAGGACCCUCCCAGGUUUCUCACUGCGGAACAGGAGUGACUCUGGCUGCCAAGAUACCUUCAUGGUGUUCAUGAGAAGUGGAAUCAUUAUUUUCAACCAUUCAAGGGGGGGAUGCAGGCAAGACACCUCCCCAGCUGCUCCGAGAGGGGACAAGCCAGGUCCUCUCUGCAGUCCUUGGCAGCUCCGGAAGGACAGAGUCAGGGGCCGGGCAAACGCUUUGGCCGUGGCCCCAAACAAGCGCCACUGUGGGAGAGGAGAGGCCACUUUCACUGGCACCGGAUGCAGACCCCACCCUGUCUGUAGGCCACCCCCACCUCCCUGCAGCUUUGAGGCUGGUGGGGUCUCCUCCUGGGAAUGGGGUGGGAGCCACAGGGACAGCACGGGGUGGGCUGAUGUCUUCUUGGGGGCAGACCAGAGAGCUCAAGUUUCAGAGCCAGAAUUAGGCACUUGGAGCGUUUUUGCUGGCUUGCACUUUCUUAUUUUCUUAUUUUAGAGCGCUUAAAAAAUCCGGACAAAUGGGGUUUAAAAGAACUGCCUCUUUCAAUCUACAUCUUUGUGUAAUACGCUUGAGCAAUAAAUGCUGACUCGUAGACGUG